AUGGGUUCAGACACGGAUCUUCUUGUUAUGAAGGAUGCUGCCAAAAUUCUGGACAUGUUUGGUGUCACACAUGAGGUAAAGAUAGUUUCUGCUCAUCGCACCCCAGAGAUGAUGUAUACAUAUGCAACCUCAGCUCAUAGUCGAGGCGUUCAAGUCAUCAUUGCAGGUGCUGGUGGUGCUGCUCACUUACCAGGUAUGGUUGCUUCACUCACUCCUUUGCCUGUGAUUGGUGUCCCUGUCCAAGCUACCCGUUUGGAUGGAGUUGAUUCACUUCUCUCCAUCGUUCAGAUGCCUAGAGGUGUUCCUGUUGCGACAGUUGCAAUAAACAAUGCGACCAACGCAGCCUUGCUUGCAGUCCGGAUGUUGGGAAUCUCUGAUAAUGAUCUUGUCUCAAGGAUGAGACAGUACCAAGAAGACAUGAGAGAUGAGAACCUGAAUAAAGGAGAGAAACUUGAGACACAAGGUUGGGAAUCAUAUUUGAACCAGUGA